ACCGCUCUUUUCGGCGCGACGAACGAGAAAACUGGGUAAGGCAGAGAAAAGUGAUGUCUCAAUCAGAAGUGAAUUCUGUUGACUGUGUGGCAUCGGAUAGAGCUGGAGAUACUGGAAACCAAAGCGAUGACUCAUCUGAUAGCAGCUUAUUUAAAACACAGUGUAUUCCUUCACCUACACAAAAGCAAAGACGCCCUACUGUGAAAUGUGUUACUUCACCUGCAAGUGUUGAAACAGAUUCAUCAAGUGACUCUUCUCUAGAACCAAGGCCUUUGACCUUAAAGGCUAUUUUUGAAAGAUUUAAGAAAAAGAAGCGGAAAAGGAGGAAAAAGAGAAAAUAUAAGCCAAAAUUAAGACCAAGAGGAAGACCAUAUGGAUCAAAGAACACUAGAAGGUCACAAAUAGAUGCAAAGCAAAUUAAAAACAAAGGAGCUGUGUUUCCAUUCUUAGAAUCUGAAAGUGGAAGAAAACCUUUACCUUGGAAGCAAAUUUUAACAUAUGAGCAAGCAGUUGCAAGAGGAUUUUUUCACCACAUUGAAAAACUCAAGUAUGAACACCACCUUAAGGAAUGCUUGAAGGAAAUGCAUGCUGGGGAAGAUUUAGAAAAGGAAGACCUUGACAGCCGUAGAUACAAGUAUAUGGAUGAUGAUGGUCCGCUUUCUCCUAUUGAAGAGCCAUUAACUGAAGAUGAAGCAACAAAUCCUCAGUCUGAAUGUGAUAUCAAGUUGGUUGAAGACAGUUGCUUCAUAAUAAGUUCAGAAUUCUCAAGGAAGAGAAACUUAGAACAAAAGAAGAUUAAGAAAGAAUCUACAUUCUCUAAAAAAGCCAAAGCCAAAGAUGCCAUACCGGGCACAGAAGGACCUGGAAAGGAGAUGAACAUGACUAUCAAAGAAGGCUUGUCUUGAUUAUGAAGUAAGAAUUGGAAGAUACACACGAAUGGAUGUUUCAGUUGCACUGGCAUUUCCUUCAUAAAGAUUAGAAUUCUGAGUUUUAGGAAUUAAUAUAAGAAGAAUUUUCAGAGACGUUGGCUGACAAGUGAAGCCUACCUUAAAAUGGUACAUAACGAUAAUGAAGAAGGGCCUUAACCUAAAGUAAAUUGAAACUCAAGUAUUCUGGUUAAGAACUUACAAGUUGUCAAUGACUGUCUUUAAACCAAGGACAGAUAAAAAGAAAGGACUGAAAAACAACUGGACAACCUUUGAGAAAGGGCUAUUUUCAGAUGACCUGGAUGGACAGCAAAGGAAUCCAAUUCAUAAAUAAGAAUUUAUUUGACUUAAUACAAUAAAUAAUUUUAUACAUUAAAAA